GUGAUGGUGAACUGCCUGAAGACGGGGAUGCCGGUGCACAGCAAGAUGUUUGAGUUUGAGAGAGUGUAUGGACCGGAAGAUUCCCAGGACACCGUGUUUAAGGAGGUGAAGCCGCUUCUCACAUCCCUGCUGGAUGGCUACAAUGUGUGUAUCAUGGCGUACGGACAAACAGGCAGUGGGAAGACACACACCAUGCUGGGAUCCCAGCAGCUGGAGGAGAGCUCCAGGAUGCAGCAGGAGGCACAGCAGGGUAUUAUUCCCAAAGCUGCUGCUGAGCUCUUUCGGCUGAUCUCCGAGAAGCCGGCGGAGAAUCACACGGUGGAGGUGUCGGUGAUCGAGGUGUACAACAACGAGGUGUUUGACCUGCUGGCCAAAGACGGGCAGGGGAACGGUGCCAGCCAGCGGCGGGACGUCAUCACCACCUCCUCCGGCAGCAGCCAGGUCACCUGUCUCACGCAUGAGCCGGUGUGCAGCGCCGCCGAGGCCAUGCAGAUCAUCAGCCGUGUCCUGAAGCGGCGGGUUCACUGCCCCACCCUCAUUCACACCGACUCGUCGCGCUCGCACCUCGUCGUCACCCUCACCAUCUCCUCCAAGAGCCCCAACGCCCUCGCCCUGGCUCGCAGGCUGCAGAGCGCAAAGAAGGACCUGCAGCGCUCCGCCCACAGGGAGUGGUGGAGCCCGCGCUGCCGGCGCGCCAGCCCCGCCGCCGGCCACCCAUCGGACGGGCGCUCCCUGAGCGCCGCCUCGUCCCCCUGCGCCUCGCCGUCGCCCUCCCACUCCCCCUGUCCCUCCCCGAGGCGCAGCAUCUCCCCGGCCCCCUUCAGGACCAAGCUGCAGCUGGUGGACCUGGCAGGGAGCGAGUGUGUCGGAAUGUCUGGAGUUUCGGGAGCAGCUCUGUGGGAGGUGUCCUGUAUAAACCGCAGUCUCUCGUCUCUGUCGGACGUCCUGGGUGCUUUGGCCGAGCACAGACCUCACGUCCCCUACAGGAACAGCAAACUCACUCAUCUACUGCAGGAUGCCAUUGGUGGGGAUGCAAAGCUGCUGGUGAUGCUGUGCGUCUCCCCGACGCAGCGCUUCAUCACCGAGUCCCUGCAGUCCCUUGGCUUCGGCACGCGGGCCCGGCAGGUUCAGAAAGAGCAGCCGCGAAGAAAAAGCAACACCCUCAAAGUGAAGUGA